AUGGCAUCAUCUUCAUCAUCAUCUUCUAAUAAUUCUCAAGAAAAACAUGAAGUGUUUCUUAGUUUUAGAGGAGAGGACACAAGAAAAACUUUCACUAGCCAUCUUCAUGCUGCUUUAAAAAGGGUAGAGAUAGCAACUUUCAUAGACUACAACCUUGAAAGAGGGGAUGAAAUUUCAGGGACACUUCUAAGAGCUAUUGAAGAUUCAAAGCUUUCAGUGAUUGUGUUCUCAAAGAACUUUGCAACAUCUAAAUGGUGUUUAGAUGAAGUUAAAAAAAUAGUUGAUUGUAAAAAACAUAGGGGUCAAAUUGUAGUGCCUAUAUUUUAUGAUAUAGAACCUACACAUGUGAGGAAUCAAACAGGAACCUUUGAAAGUGCAUUCAAUGGACAUCAAGUGAGGUUUUUUGAUAGGCCAAAUAAGGUACAAAAAUGGAGAGAUGCGUUGAGAGAAGCAACCAAUCUCUCUGGAUGGGAUUGCUCUGUUGACAGGUUGGAAUCUGAAAUUGUUGAAGAGAUUGCAAUGGAUGUGCUAGGAAAAUUAAAUCGUGUAUAUGUUGGUGAUUUAGAUGAACAAAUUAAAAAGUUUGAGCAACUUGCAGAACUUCAAAAGCAAUAUUUUAUAGGUACACCUCAUGGAGCACAUUGGCAAAGAUAUCAAGAAACCGUCAAACAAAUCAGAAAACUUCAAAUGGAAAGACAUCAACGUUUGCUCCGCAUACCAUCCACCAUGUCUUCACAUGUUGAUGAUUCCAAUGCGAACAAUGAUUUUUAUAAUAUGUGGUCUAACGUAUUCAGGUUCUAG